AUGUCGAGCUUCAUCGUCGAGUCCUGGACGUGGUGCGCCGUGACACUGUGCAUGGUCAUCGCACGGUUCGUGUCGCGGAUAUGGCAUUUCAGAUCCGUGAAGAAACUCAUGGUGGAGGACUGGUUGAUGGCGUUUUUGACCGGGCUGUACAUCGUGCUCAUCGCUUUUCUGAACGUUGAUCUCAAUGUCUCGACCAAUCUCAUCAAUCCCGCCGACAUGAUCGAGCUAACGCCUCAGGAGAUCUCGAGGCGUACCUAUGGCAGCAAGACGGUGCUACUAGUGGAGCAGUCGAUGUGUGCCAUCCAAUGGGGUACCAAGGUCUGUCUGUUGCUUCUCUUCUGGAGAAUCACGCACAAUCUAAGGCAGCAUCUCGCUGUGAAACUCGUGGCUGCGUAUGUCGUCACAACAUACUGUGUCAUGUUCAUUCUCUACUUUGGAGUGUGGUGUCGCCCCUUCAGCGACUACUGGAAGGUUCCCACGGACAACGUUCAGUGCACAACGGCGCUCAAUCAUCUGAUCACGAAUCUGGUGUUCAAUCUGUCGAGCGAUGUGAUGAUCAUGGCGAUCCCCAUCCCUUUGCUGCUUAAACAGCAGCUGCCAUGGAAGAAGAAGUUGCUGAUGGUGUUCCCGUUCACACUGGGACUCUUCACAAUGGUAUGCGCCAUCUUAAGCAAGUACUCGAGCUUCCACGAUCCGUUCGCUGUCGCAUGGGUCUACUGGUACUGUCGUGAGGCUAGCACCACCAUGAUUGUCUCGAAUAUGCCAUAUUCAUGGGCCCUGAUCAGGAGGAUAUUUCAUCUGAGGUCGUUCCUCGGCGACUCAACACAAAACGAUUUACAGGAUAGCAAUGUCAGGCAAAUCACCGGCCAGACUGUUCGCUCACGGACCAAUGGGUCAAUGCAAAGGUCGCGCAAGAGGAGCUGGUUGUGGACCAAGACGAUGCCGACCAGCGACAAGACCAUGACAACCGACAGUCAGAACGAGAUGGUGACUCGGGCCAGGACCAAUACGGAAGAUGGCAAGACCGAUCCUCUGGAUCGCUCGAGCAGCGACACGAGCGCCUUCGGGUCGCCUCUGAAGGCACGAACUGCAUCCGCUGCAGACCCCAUCGAUCGCAUAUACAAUCUGGACGACGACGAACUCGUUGCGCCGGACCCGACACGACGCGGGUAUCGUCCCGAUUGA